UAUUGAGUCAUAAAUGAGAGAAUUUGUAGUCAAAUAUGACAUCCGUUUGAAGCCGUGAUUGAGCGCAUAAUCGGCGGCCAAAUGUGGAGCAAAGGCCUCAACGACUCGUUUUCGGCCAUUUCUGGUCACAUCUCGACUCUCAAGCAGUCCGUCAAUCAGUCGCUCAUCGGCGCCGACGCGACGGACGCGGCUUCGGCAGAGCGGAGACGACUGGUGGCCGAAGUGGCGCUCCUGCGACGCGAAGUGCGCCGACACCGCCGCCGGGAGGCCUCACCGCCCGCACAGGACUUCAGAGACGUCGCGCUCGACGACGAGGGCGAUGGAGAGGACGACGACCCGCACGACGACGACGACGAGUGGUCGGCAGAGGCCGAGCGUCUGCUGGCAGUGGAGGCCGAGCUCGAGAAGACGCGCGUCGAUAGAGAGCACUGGCGAGCGUUGGCCAAAGACGAGACGAAAUGUCGCGAACUGUCGUCCGAUUGUCGUCUCAGAGACGACACAAUCCAACAAUUGGAGCGACAGUUGGAGGAACUGGACGCUCAGCACGAGCAGGCGCUCGACAAAGUGCUCGAACUCAAGCGCCGGCUCGAGCUCUCCAACGACGGCCUCACGAGACGCGUGCAUGAGUUGGAGGCGCGGCUCGAGUCGCGCGACGACAAAGAGGACGACGACCGCCAGUCGAUGACGUCAUCUCUCGCGGGCGACGGGAAGCGCGAGGAGCCGGAGGGCGCGCCUCUGGACGAGAGCGCCGCCCAGGACUGCGACUCGGCGGAGACGCGACUGCAGGCGCUGUUGGACGCGAAGACGCGGGAGGCGCAGGAGUGGGAGUCGCGCAUGAAGGCCGCCGACGACGAACGCCAACGACUGAUCUCGCGACAGAAGGAGAUGGAGGCGCUGUUGGCGGACAGGGAGGCGCUGAAGAGCGCGCUUCAGGAGAAGGAGUUGUCGGCGGAGAGAAUGCGCAGAGAUUACGACCACUUGUUGCGCGAGAACCGGCGUCUGGGAGAGGAGGUCGGGCGGCGCGCCCCCCAUUCGGCGGAGGAGGCGUUGCGAAGGAUGGAGGAGACGGUGCGCGCGAAGGAGCGCGAGUUGACGGAGUGGAGGGCGCGCGCGGAGGACUCGGAGGUGGAGCGCAUGCGCGCGGAGUUGUCGCGACUGAAAGAGCAUUUGGUUUGCAUUGAAGAGAAUUAUACGCAAGAAUUGGUUUCCGCCGCCGAGAGAGUGGAGAGUCUGCGCCGAGAAGUGGCUGCGGGAGAGCGCAUGCGCGAAGAGCUGCUGACCGCUGACCAGAGGCGCGACGACGAGACGCGCGCUUUGCGGACGGAGCGCGAGAUGGCGCGCAACGAGGCGUCGCGUCUCGAGGACAAAGUGCAACAAUACUCGGCUUCCGUUUCCAAUCUCCAGCUCGUCGUCGAACACAUCCAAAGAGAGAACGAGCGGAAGGCGCGGGAGGCGGAGCGACGCGCGGAGGAGGCGUUGGCUGCGGAGAGGAGGCGCACGGCGGAGGCGUUGGAGGGAAUGCGUCGACAGGAGGCGCGCGUCUUAGAGGCGGCGGAGGCGUUGUCUGCGGCGUCGCGUCUCUCGGAAUCGCUGGACGCGAAGGAGGCGACGAUCGAAGCGCUUCGAGCGGACGGCCGACGCCACGACGCUCUGGUAGCCGACCUGCGCGCGCAGAUGGCGUCUCUUGUGACGUCAUCGGAGGGAAAGGUCGACAAACAGAUCAUCAAAAGCCUAAUAAUCGGGUAUUUCGUGACUCCUGAGGACAAGCGCGCGGAAGUUCAGCGACUUUUGGCGCGUUUUCUCGACUUUAAUCAGCAGGAAAUGGACAGAACGCGCAUCGAAAUCGGCCGCAAACGCCCGAACGAGCCGUCCGACUCGUUGUCCCUGAAGUUCGUCCAAUUCCUCGAACAGGAGUCGAAACGCGACUCGCAUUCCGCGCCGACCGCCGGAAGCGCCAAAGCGGACGUUACUCGCGAUCUAUCGAAAAGUCUGAUCCAAAGCUCGCAACGAAUGAAUCCAUUCCUCACUUCAAUGUCGACUCCAAUGACGCCAUCUCUCGGUUCGCGCCACUCGUCCGCCAACUCGUCGUCCGAUAAUCUCAACCAACUCCUGAUGGCGCCGGCAGUCGCGCCCUUCGCUCCA